GGCGCUGCCGCGCCCGACGCCUCAGGGGGAGGGGACUUCGCGGGAGUCGCGGGCGGAGGCGAGGAGGAGCGCGGCGCGGCGGGCGGGCGGGCGGGCGGGCGAGCUUGCGAUCCGAGCGGGACCGGCAGCCGGUUGCGGAGGCGCAGAGGACGCGAGGCGGCGGGCGGGAGACAUGGACCGCGGCGAGCAAGGUCUGCUGAGAACAGAUCCAGUCCCUGAGGAAGGAGAAGAUGUUGCUGCCACGAUCGGGGCCACGGAGACCCUGUCAGAGGAAUUGCAAGAAGAGCUGAGAAGAGAACUUGCAAAGGUAGAAGAAGAAAUCCAGACUCUGUCUCAAGUGUUAGCAGCAGAGAAGCAUCUAGCAGAGAUCAAACGGAAACUUGGGAUCAACUCACUGCAGGAACUAAAACAGAACAUUGCCAAAGGCUGGCAGGACGUGACGGCAAUAUCUGCAUACAAAAAGACAUCCGAAACCUUAUCUCAGGCUGGACAGAAGGCAUCUGCUGCUUUCUCAUCUGUUGGAUCCGUCAUCACCAAAAAGCUGGAAGAUGUAAAAAACUCCCCAACUUUCAAAUCAUUUGAAGAAAAGGUUGAAAACUUAAAGUCUAAAGUAGGGGGAACCAAGCCAGCUGGCGGGGAUUUUGGAGAAGUCUUGAAUUCAACGGCGAAUGCCAGUGCUGGCGCCCCAGAGACUCUUCCAGAACAGAUGCAGGCGAACCCGUGAGGCCCUCACCUUUGUUCGGCUACCCACUGCCAGAUGCUGCAAGCAAGAUCCAAGCAUGUCUUGUCAACAUUUGUCGCCCUGAAUUUCCACCAGAUGUGCUUUCACUUAGCUUUACAUAUUCAUUUGACCAAAUAGUUUGUGGGUUGAACAAAAUAAAACUAUCUUCACCUCUGAUUCCUGGGAAAUACCCUCUAAUGUGCACUUAAGGGCCCUGAUUUAGGAAACACUAUUAUAAAA